GGCUGCGGUCACGUGAACGUAUGACGUCGACGCGGUUGUUGGGGGGCCCUGACGAUGCGAGCUCUCAGGUGAAGGGAAGCUGACAGUACAUGCUUUCAUCCAUGAUGGAGCUAGCAACUAAUAUUUUUCAUGUGGAGUUCCCAAAUUUUACGAAUACUCUACUACAGAAGUUAAACCAACAGCGUCAAGAGGGACAGUUAUGUGACAUUGCUAUUCAAGUCCAGGGCCAUUUAUUCAGGGCCCAUAGGGCUGUCCUCGCUGCCACUUCACCUUAUUUUUGUGAUCAGGUACUACUGAAGAAUAGUAAUCGAAUCCUUCUACCGGAUGUAAUGAAUCCAAAGGCAUUUGAAAAUGUUUUGUUGUUUUGCUACACAGGAAAACUUGUACUGCCAGCCACUGACAUUGUCAGUUACUUAACAGUGGCAAGCUUUCUUCAAAUGUGGCAUGUUGUAGAUAAGUGUACAGAACUUUUAAAGGUGUGUCCAGCAGUUCAUUAUCAGAAGUCUAAUCACUUGAAUGACCAUCAGUCACCCAGCAGCAGCAAUUUUAAUGGUUCAGUAGAACCUUCAGAACUUGGAGCUGUGGCGCCACCCGAGUUUCACAAAAGCAUGAAUGGGGAUUCAAAGGCUGAGGAAAAUGGUGAAGAGAGUCCCAAAGAGGAUGACAUGUCACCACCCCAAUUAAUGGAUCAUGACAACCUUCCUAGCAAUUCUUCUGGGGAACAUGAUCAUUUAAGUGCAGAAAUGAACAGCCAGGAUGGUGAAGAAGGAGCAAGUGAUACUGCAGAGUACCCAUACACCAGGCCAAUCUAUAGUCAACCUAGUAUAAUGCCUCACAAAAGGUGGGUGUAUGUGAAACAGGAAAAAUUUGAACAGGAUUAUGGUGAUGGAAUGACUCACCCUACUGCUGAAGAGCAACGUGUCUCUGAAUCAGAAAAUAUUACUCAGACUGAACCAGUAAUCCAAUCUUCUAGCAUUGAUGACAGCUUUAAUAUUGUCGCUGCCAAAACGCAGGAGGUAUUUAAAGAAGGUCAUGAGCACAGUUCUUAUGAUGAACAGGUUGAUUACUAUGGUUCAUCAUUGGAUGACUUUUCAGCUGAUCGAGGCGAUAUAAAUGUCACUGGGCAUCAUCAGGACCCUUUAACAGCUGCUGAAAUGCAGGUGAAUCGGUUGCCAGGGUAUGGCACUGAACCUGAACUAGGAAUGGGUGUCAGUGAAAAGACCUCUCAGUCUGGCUUCACAGCUGUUGUUUACAAACUUUACCCUUGUCAAUGUGGCAAAAACUUUACUCACAAGAGUCAGCGAGAUCGACAUAUGAGCAUGCAUCUUGGUCUUCGGCCUUAUGGCUGUGGUGUUUGUGGUAAGAAAUUUAAAAUGAAGCACCAUCUUGUUGGCCACAUGAAGAUCCACACUGGCAUUAAACCAUAUGAGUGCCACAUCUGCGGUAAGAAAUUCAUGUGGCGAGACAGUUUCCAUCGUCAUGUGACGUCAUGCACUAAGCUGUAUCAGGUACCUGAUGUCCGCUGACAGAACUUGUGGGCCAACUGGCUCAGUGAAAUUAUAUAUGGUACUUGAUGUAGUGAAGAUGUUUAAGUGCUUUUGACUCAUUCAGUGGUAUUCUCAUAUCCAGUAGAAAAUCAACGGUCUCAGUAGUGACAGCCUGGCAGUCUGUUAGAGAUGCGUUGGUGCCAUGACAACACUUAUUUAACCAAAACCAUUUUCCGGUAGUGUUACACUUAAAUAUUGCACAAUUAUGUGACUCUUGGUGAACUGAAAUGAAGAGUUGAGCCUUACAAAUAUAUUAAAAUGAAUGGAAAGAAGGAAAAGCAAAACCAAGAACAGACUUUGCUCAUGUGUUGUAAGCCCCAUUUGCACACCAAUACUGUUGCGUUUAGACUGAGAGUGUUAUGUGUAGGAAUGCUGUUCAAUUCACAAAGACAAUUCUGUGUAACAGAGAGGUUGAGUUAGCAGUUUAAAGUGAUUUUACUUUUAAUCACUUGCACGAAAACCAAAAGUGAAAAAUCGUCUACAAUCACUUGAUCUUGCAGAGAGCCAGCGCAGACACGACAAGCUGAAUAGCCUGCUCUGCGCUGUAAUCAUUGUAUGAUUUUAGGCUGAAAAGGGCAUUUUAGUGGCAGUUUCAUUUAAAUUGCUGUGAUCUUGAGCCUGAUUCUCAAAAACAUUACAUUUAGAGCUCGAGGAUUAACAGUUAGGUCGACUUCUGGUGUUAAUUGGCUCCAAAUGUUUUUUGUAUAAAUAGGCUACAGGUCAGUUUGCAAAAGACAUAGAAAUGCAAAUUACAACAGUCAUUCAAACAUCUGAAAUCUUUCUGCCAGACUUUUUAUUUGAGAUGUUGGACAAUGAGAAC